AAUAAUAUAAAUACCGAGGUUGCUGGCUCCAAAUACAACAACACAAUUCAAAACACCAACGCAUCAAACAUCCUCGAUCCCUCCCCCCGACCACUCGUCUGUUUUGGUCCGUAUCUCUUAUUAACGCCUUUCUUAUAAAUACUUAUUCGCCUUAGCCGAACCAUGCUUUUUAUGGAGAUCACAGUAUCCACCAUCGGACUCCUCGCAGCGCUGCCCACUGCGCUUGCCGUCUGGCCCAUUCCCCAGGUCUACGAGCAGGGUUCAUUCAACAGCCAAGCAUCGCGAGUCACCAUCAAGGCCAAGGGAAACAUCGGAACCAUUGCCAACUCUGCCAUCCAGCGCUACAACACCAUCAUCAACAACGAGAGCUUUACUGCCCCUGUAAACUACAACCAGGGCGUUGUCAAGACCAGCGGCACAUUCAGCGGCCUUGAGGUUGUCGUCGCCGAUUCUUCGGAUAAAUUGGAUUUGGGCACUGAUGAGUCCUACAUCCUUGAUAUUCCCGUCAACGGCAAGGCAACGUUAAAUGCCAAUACACCCUACGGCAUUGUUCGCGGCCUUGAGACUUUAUCGCAGCUGGUUUUUGCCAAUGGCAAGAGCAAGGCCAUCCAUAACACACCCAUCCACAUUGCGGAUGCGCCCUUAUUCCCUCACCGCGGUAUCCUUUUUGAUAGUGCGCGCAACUACUUUUCAGUAAAGUCUAUCCACCGCAUUCUUGAUGCCAUGUCAUUCAACAAGAUGAACGUUCUGCACUGGCACGUUGUUGACGCCCAGUCUUGGCCCAUCGAGUCGAAAACCUACCCUGAGCUGCACGCCAAGGGGGCCUAUGGAGCUGACAUGCAGUACUCACACGAUGAUGUCCGUGGAAUUAUUCAGUACGCAAAGGAGCGCGGAAUCCGAGUAAUUCCCGAGUUUGAUGUUCCGGGCCACACCUACAUCGUCGGCGAGGCGUUCCCCGAGCUGAUGAGCUGCACAAACAAGCAGCCCAACUGGGACCAUUUUGCCGCAGAGCCUCCUAGCGGCCAGCUUAACAUUGCAAAACCCGAGACAAUCGAAUUCACUAAAAACCUGUUCACCGAGUAUACCAAGCUAUUCCCCGACAGCGUGUUCCACCUGGGAGGCGAUGAGGUCAACCGCAACUGCUGGAAAGAAGAUUCCUACGUUCAAGAAUACCUGGCAGCUCACCCCGGAGAGGAUGUCGAGUCGCUCUUGACCAGCUGGUACUCUCAGGUUCACAAUCAUCUGGCCAGCACCGGCAAGACUGCGUACACAUGGGAGGAGACUUUGUUCCACACCAGCUACACGCCAUCCAAUGAAACCAUAAUCCAAGCGUGGAUCGACGAGCAAUCUAUUCAAAAUACUGUUGCCAAGGGCUACCGCGCCAUUGCCACACCCUCCUCGUCCUACUACCUGGACUGCGGCCAUGGUUCUUGGCUACCUAACUCAGGUAGCAACUCGUGGUGUGACCCGUUCAAAACCUGGAUGCAUGUCUACAACUUUGACCUGCUGGCCAACAUUACCGAUCCCGCGCAGCAAAAGCUUGUUCUCGGCGCCGAGGUUGCCCUUUGGGCUGAGCAGAGCGAUGAGACUGUGAUUGACGGGCGCCUGUGGCCUCGUGCCUCAGCCAUGGCUGAGACUGCCUGGUCAGGCAGGUCCGACUCUACUGGUCAUGUCCGCACUACCGGCGAGGUUGCGUCCCGCCUUCAUGAGCACCGUUUCCGCAUGGUUGGCCGCGGAAUUAAUGCCGAGCCCAUACAGCCCUUGUGGUGCGCUCGCAACCCAGGUGCCUGCGACCUUCCAUGAGCUGUUGUUGUAUUCUCAUUUUAACUAGAUAUUUUUAACAUUUUAUUUUUUUACCAAUACAUGCAUUGUGUGUUUUGA